GAGGGGGAGGUACACAAGAUGGCGGCAAAAUGAUAGCAGCUGCAUCAAUAAUAGCAAACAGACACAAAUAAAACACUACAGCGAAAGAUUACAUAACUAACAGGACAUCUGUCGAUCAGUCUGGAUGUUAAGGUGAGACCCGUUACCACAAAAUGCCGACAUUUAGCUAGCUUAACUACCAUCCACUUUAAUCUGUAUUUAGCCGUUAGCUGCUGGGUAGCUAGGUAGGGAGGGUAACGUCGUUACUGUACUUAUUACUUACUAGGAACUUCAUCCGAUUUUGAACAGCCUAACUAACUACAUAGCUAGCUAACUAAACGCCCAUUGCAUACAGUUAGACGAGUUAUCUGGCUAGCUAGAAUGAAAUUGUAAAUUCGUGCGCGUGUUCGAGAAGAUUGGAGUUAAGGUUUGAGACCUAGAUAAAAUUAGUUUUAUAUUGGAUAUUUGGGUUUUCUCUUGUAAAUGGAUAUUGAACCCAAACAUGCCAUGACAAUGAAGAUGGUGUAUUCUGAAUCAGGUAUGUAUGGAAAUUAAUCCACUUCUUUAAAAAAUAAUAUGACUUUGGAUUUUAAUCUUCAAUAGCUCUUACACAAAGUGUGCCAUGCAAAAUCUGGAUCCUACAAAUCAGCUGGGCUAGACAAUCUGGACCCUUUCUUUCUAAAAUUAGCCGCCAAAAUUGUUGCAACCCCUAUUACUAGCCUGUUCAACCUCUCUUUCAUAUCGUCUGAGAUCCCCAGAGAUUGGAAAGCUGCAGCGGUCUUCCCCCUCUUCAAAGGGGGUAACACUAUAGAUCCAAACUGUUACAGACCUAAUCCAUCCUGCCCUGCCUUUUGAAAAUAUUUGAAAGCCAAGUUAACAAACAGAUCGCCGACCAUUUCGAAUCCCACCGUACCUUCUCCGCUAUGCAAUCUGGUUUCCGAGCUGGUCAUGGGUGCACCUCAGCCACGCUCAAGGUCCUAAACGAUAUUAUAACCGCAAUCAAUAAAAGACAGGACUGUGCAGCCGUCUUCAUCGACCUGGCCAAGGCUUUCGACUGCAUUCUUAUUGGCAGACUAAAUAGCCUUGGUUUCUCAAAUGACUGCCUCACCUGGUUCACCAAGUACUUCUCAGAUAGAGUUCAAUGUGUCAAAUCGGAGGGCCUGUUGUCUGGACCUCUGGCAAUCUCUAUGGGGGUGCCACAGGGUUCAAUUCUCGGGCCGACUACUCUCUGUGGAAAUCAAUGAUGUCGCUCUUGCUGCUGGUGACUCUCAGAUCCACCUCUAUGCAGACGACACCAUUUUGUAUACAUCUGGCCCUUCAUUGGACACUGUGUUAACAAUCCUCCAAACGAGCUUCAAUGCCAUACAACACUCCUUCGGUAGCCUCCAAUUGCUGUUAAACGAUAGUAAAACUAAAUGCAUGCUCUUCAAUUAAACGCUGCUUGCACCUGUCCGCCCGACUAGAAUCACUACUCUCGGCGGGUCUGACUUAGAAUAUGUGGACAACUACAAAUACCUAGGUGACUGGUUAGACCGUAAACUCUCCUUCCAGAUUCACAUUAAGCAUCUCCAAUCCAAAGUAAAAUCUAGAAUCAGCUUCUUAUUUCGCAACAAAGCCUCCUUCACUCAUGCUGCCAAACAUGCCCUCGUAAAACUGACUAUCCUACCGAUCCUUGACUUCGGCGAUGUCAUUUACAAAAUAGCCUCCAACACUCUACUCAGCAAAUUGGAUGUAGUCUAUCACAGUGCCAUCUGUUUUGUCACCAAAGCCCCAUAUACUACCCACCAUUGUGACCUGUACGCUCUUGUUGGCUGGCCCUCACUACAUAUUCGUUGCCAAACCCACUGGCUCCAGGUCAUCUAUAAAUCACUGCUAGGCAAAUCCCCACCUUAUCUUAGCUCAUUGGUCACCAUAGCAACACCCACCCGUAGUAUGCGCUCACUGGUCAUCCCCAAAGCCAACACCUCCUUUGGCCGCCAUUCCUUCCAGUUCUCUGCUGCCAAUGACUGGAACGAACUGCAAAAAAUCUCUGAAGCUGGAGACUCUUAUCUCCCUCACUAACUUUAAACAUCAGUUGUCAGAGCAGCUUACCAAUCACUGCACCUGUACACAGCCCAUUUAUAAUUAGCCCACCCAACUACCUCAUCCCCAUAUUGUUAUUUAUUUUGCUCAUUUGCACCCCAGUAUCUCUAUUUGCACAUCAUCUUCUGCACAUCUCACUCCAGUGUUAAUACUAAAUUGUCAUUAUUUUGCACUAUGGCCUAUUUAUUGCCUUACCUCCACAACUUACUACAUUUGCACACACUGUAUAUAGAUUUUCUAUUUUUCUAUUGUGUUAUUGACUGUACGUUUUUGUUUAUCCCAUAUGUAACUCUGUGUUGUUCUUGUUAUCGCACUGCUUUGCUUUAUCUUGGCCAGGUCGCAGUUGUAAAUGAGAACUUGUUCUCAACUGGCCUACCUGGUUAAAUAAAGGUGAAAUAAAAAACGUUUAAAUUUUUUUUGAUAAUGAUAUAUUCUGAAGCAGGGAAGGAUGGUCAAAAAUCCACAGCUUUUUUUUUGUGUGGGGGAUAUUUGCUAUUUUUUAUUUUGCUAUUGAAGAUUGAAAAAGAAAAGGAGAGCCACACACUCUAGGAGCUCAGAUGCAAUAAUUUAAUAACCGAAUAACCAGCGUUUCGACAGGCAAGCUGUCUUCAUCAGGGUUGACAGCUUGUCUGUCGAAAUGUUGGUUAUUAGGUUAUUCAAUUAUAACAUCUGAGCUCCUAGAGUGUGUGGCUCUCCUUUUCUUUUUCAAGUAUUCUACUCCGUUAGCCAGCAUGUCCCUAAAAAGGUGUGUGUUUCUUUCGCUUCCAAAUUGAAGAUUGAAAGCCUGAAGAUAAAAUAAAACUGUCCAUUCUCCCCAAUUCAGAAUAUAUCAUGUUCAUAGUCAUGGCACACUUUGUGUAAGAGCUGUUCAGUAUUAAAAUCUGAAAGUGUCCGCAAUAUUUUUGGGUGUGGAUUGUUCUCCAUCAAUCCCCGACUCAGAAAUAUCAUAUUCAUUGCAUGCUUGGUUCAAUAGCUAUUGACAAGAGAUAACCGAAUAUCCAAUAUAAAACCAAUUUUACCACCCUAAAGUUGAGGUGUCAAAAACAUGUUAGCUGGUAACUAGCUACAGUGAGUUGAGGACUAGCUACAGUGAGUUGAGGAAGGUAGCUAGCUACUGAAACAACAAUCGGAAAACGGCAAAAUACCUGAGGCUAGCUAGCUAACGUUAACUAACUCCGCUUGGUUGCAUUCACUGACUGAGUCGUGCAACAACAGCUCGGCUGUCAUUCUCGAUUUGUCUUUGUUUGCUUGCGUUCUGAAAUGCAGAUGUCAUGGUUUUAGUAUUUUGACAGCAGACCAGAAGUAGCCUAAAAUGCAUAGCCAGCCUUGUGGACCUGUAGCUAAUAUCCCUUGAUUGCUGAAAGAUUUGACUGUUGAUUAGCUACAUUUUGUCCACACAGGUUCCCUGGAGCAGUAUCUUGAGUUGCCAACUGGGAAAGACUAGUGGACUGACUAGAAGAGCCGACAAUAAAUCUAGGACCCAGAGCAUAAAGAUACUAAAGACUGAAAUAACUCAUUUUGGUGUGUGUUUGAGUAUUUAUUGCAUCUGCACUUAGAUCAAGGCAAACCAAUGGUGACCAUGGAUCGCUACAAGGUCCUAUGGCCGACAUGCUUCGCUUGGCUUUGAAACAGAACCGGUUACCUCUCCCUCUGCCUGUCGCCAGCUCAUAUCAGAUCACAGAUGGAGGUGACAUGGAACUAUGCAGCGGAAUGUAAACUUAACCAGACGUCCCGCUCUCUGCUCAGUAGCACCUGUCACACAGCCUGAACUCUCCACAAAUCUUUUCACCCUGGACCUUGGCCUUGCUGGGUCUUAGUUAACUACCCCACACCACUCUGGAAACCGUUACAGCUAGCCUACAGCUUCUUCCCACAAACCGAAACGAACCCCUUUAUGUUUACAGACCUACUCUAUUACAACGUAAACGGUUUCUCUCAAUGCCCGUUCCUGGCUACACCUCCCAUGUCACUUAGUGUUUUCUAAUUGAACUGUAUCCCUGAGCCACCAGCAUACACAGCCCAGGCCAAAGGCUUAAGGUCACAGCACUAUAUUGGACUUUCUGGAGAACACUACAGUAACUAAGCCGUAACUAAGUUGAUUUAACCAUGAGUGUCGGAGAGCUGCAGCACCUGGACUAUCUGACUGAGAAUGAGCUGAUGGGCAUGGACACGUUCAUCCACCGCAUCGACUCCACAGAGGUGAUCUACCAGCCGCGCAGGAAGAGGGCCAAGCUGAUCGGGAAGUACCUGAUGGGCGACCUGCUGGGGGAGGGCUCCUACGGUAAGGUGAAGGAGAUGCUGGACUCUGACACGCUGUGUCGCAGGGCCGUCAAGAUCCUCAAGAAGAAGAAGCUCCGGAGGAUCCCCAACGGAGAGGCCAACGUGAAGAAGUAAGUAGUGGGGUUUUAGGGAGGGAGGGAGAGACUGAGGGGGGAGCGUGUGAUGUGGUGGGUUUCUCUCUCUCGUGUCUCUGUGUGAUUUGUCACUCUUUCUUACUCGCUCUCUCCUUCCCUCUGAUUUACACUCUUGGUCAUGCAUCGUCAAGCACAAUUGUUUAACAACUAAUGUCACUGCUAUAGGAUGAUUGUCAGGGUGUAACGCUUUAGAUUGUGUGUCUUUCUGAUUUAUCUUAAUACUACUGUAUUCACGCCUACAGUGUCUCAUGAACCGUUUUCCCUACAUAUGAUUGACUAUCUUCUCCCCCCCGUUUAAAGUUAACAGCAACACUUUGGAUCUUUGUUUGCAUUUCACUCUCCUCUUCCAAUGCAUCCCUCUCCUCUUCCAAUGCAUCCCUCUCCUCUUCCAAUGCAUCCCUCUCCUCUUCCAAUGCAUCCCUCUCCUCUUCUCCCUAUAUGGUAGCGCCGUAGUUGAAGAUUUACAGGCCUGCAUCAGUGCAACCUCUCUUCCCAUGAUGGAAACACAGUCAUGUUCUCCAUUACUGUUCACGCGUCUCAUGUUUGUUUUUUGUUGAUCCAAACUCACACGUUGCUCAUUCAUAUUGGUCUUCAUGUCAUUCUUACAGUAUAGGCCAGAGCCAUGUAUUUAAAUAUAUGGCUCUGUUAUAGGCUUACCCCUCAGCCCUCCACUGAUUUUAUUCAGAGUAUCAUAAUGAUCAUUUGAAUCUGUCACGUGGAUGACCCAGAGCCACACUCUCUUAUGGAGACUGUUUAUUUCUCUCUUUCGCUCUCCCAGUUAAACUCAAAGGGCUUUAUUGGCAUGGGAAACAUACAGUUGAAGUCGGAAGUUUACAUACACUUAGGUUGGAGUCAUUAAAACUCGUUUUUCAACCACUCCACAAAUUUCUUGUUAACAAACUAUAGUUUUGGCAAGUCGGUUAGGACAUUUACUUUGUGCAUGCCACAAGUAAUUUUUCCAACAAUUGUUUACAAACAGAUUAUUUCACUUAUAAUUCACUGUAUCACAAUUCCAGUGGGUCAGAAGUUUACAUACACUAAGUUGAAUGUGCCUUUAAACAGCUUGGAAAAUUCCAGAAAAUGAUGUCAUGGCUUUAGAAGCUUCUGAUAGGCUAAUUGACAUCAUUUGAGUCAAUUGGAGGUGUACCUGUGGAUGUAUUUCAAGGCCUACCUUCAAACUUAGUGUCUCUUUGCUUGACAUCAUGGGAAAAUCAAAAGAAAUCAGCCAAGACCUCAGAAAAUACAUUGUAGACCUCCACAAGUCUGGUUCAUCCUUGGGAGCAAUUUCCAAACGCCUGAAGGUACCACGUUCAUUUGUGCAAACAAUAGUACGCAAGCCAAAGAACACCAUUCCAACAUAAGCACGGGGGUGGCAGCAUCAUGCUGUGGGGGUGCUUUGCUGCAGGAGGGUCUGGUGCACUUCACAAAAUAGAUGGAAUCAUGAGGAAGGAAAAUAUGUGGAUAUAUUGAAGCAAGUUAAACAAUUUAAAGGCAAUGCUACCAAAUACUAAUUCAGUGUAUGUACACUUCUGACCCACUGGGAUUGUGAUGAAAGAAAUCAUUCUCUCUAUUUUAAGAAUGUGAAAUGUCAGAAUAAUAGUAAAGUGGUGAUCCUAACUGACCUAAGACAGGGAAUUCUUACUAGGAUUAAAUGUCAGGAAUAGUGAAAAACUGAGUUUAAAUGUAUUUGGCUAAGGUGUAUGUAAACUUCCGACUUCAACUGUAUGUUAACAUUGCGAAAGCAAGUGAAAUGGAUAAUAAACAAAAGUGAAAUAAACAAACAUUACACUUACAAAAGUUCCAACGGAAUAGACUUUUCAUAUUCUCUCUCUCUCCUCAGUCUCUUUCUUUCUAUAAAUUGUUUUCCUUGUCAUCCUCCCUUUCGCAGGGACAGCCAAGGUUUUAAUCACACAAUGGAGGUUAUUUAAUAAACGGUCAUGAUUUCCCACGGAGGGAAAGUGUUUAGAGAGAUGCAGGAACAAUUCAGUUUAGGUUGCUUUACUGUAACUCGCAGGGUCUCAGUAGAUAUUCAAGGCUUUUUGUAGAACACCUUCGCUGUAACAGUGCACGUUUUCUUGGUUUGGGUUGCAAGUUCUGGUCUGAUUUCUUUUAGCCUCUUUUUUGAAUGUGAUUACACUGACUUGAUUAUGUUAGUGUUGUCUAGGCUACCCACCGCCGGUGUUAUGGGGAAUGUAAUGUUCUGUCUGGCAUCGUACUCACACCCUCUAUUUAUCUAAACAAGGCUUGGCCUGAUACUAAGGGUCCUCCUAUGUGUCAGGAUGUGUGCUGUUGUGUAGUAUACAUGCCUGAGUUUCUCACACUGUUUUGGUGGGAACAGACUAGUGCAUUUGCGCAUGUCUGUGUAGGUGGGCCCUAUCCUAUGGGUUUGAGCCUGUGUGAGAGCCAUCCCUAGCCUUAUAAGGCCCUGGAUGCCAUAGCAGUACUACCCUGAGCCCCUCUCCUCUCUCUACACUCACAGCAGCCAUCGCUUAGCAUUCCGGUCUGCCAAACACUUCCUACUUACGCUGCCCCGUGUUGCCACGGGGAUAGGCACACUCACACUCUGGUAUUGCGCAAUGACCACUCCUGUUGCUUGGGCAACGCCUCCGGAAUGACGAGCCCUGGUUUGGAAUGCCACAUCCCACUGGGCUAGAACUCCUGAGCGGGGGAGAUGUGGAGGUGUGUUCAUUGAGUGAUUUCAUUGGACGACUAGCAGGUAAAAUUCAACAAGUUUGUCAUCAUAAUGAAUUAACAGAGAAGGUAAAGCACUGGCAGAUGUAGAAUGUAACCGAAGCCAUGUCAAAGCUAUUUGUGUAGUCAGUCGAUAAAUUGUAAAAGUGCAGGUUUCCGUCCUCCUGGACAGCAUCCCACAGAGAGAUAUUGAAUCCACUGCAGAUACUCUCUCUAUGCAUCAGACACAGUGCUUUAGACAGCAAAAUGCUGACACAGAUUUCUGUAUUAUCCUAGAAAACAGCAGUGCUGCUCACUCUUGUUGAAUGCAGAAUGUUUUUACCCUUGACUGGGAUAGAUGAUGCAGCAAAGGUUUAUCAAUUGCCUUUUUAGUACUAGGAAGUGAAGUGACCACAAUUCUGAUACACAUAGGCCUAUAUUUACAUCACAGAUGGUAAAGCAAAACAAGAAGUCAUUUCGAUUGGUAGUGCUGCUCUUUACUAGUAUGACUAAAGUCUGUUUUUCCCCCCUGACAUUGGAAAUGUCCUCCAUGGCAUGUGUGCAAUACAUUCUCUCUUGCAAUGGUUAGUCCAUUUUUAAGUAGUAGUAGUAGUAGUAGUACUUGUUGUUGUUGUUGUUGUAGUAGUACUUGUUGUUGUAGUAGCAGAGGACUGAGCCAGCCUCUGACUGCAGGCUAAGAUUACAUAAACGCCCACCGUACAGAUUGAGCUACAGUACAGUGUAUAGCUUUUGUGUGAGAGACUUGACAGUUUACACUACAGAAAGAGGGUGUGUGCUUUAUUUUUAAAUUAUUUUUUUAAAGGAACUCAGUCAGGCUUUAAACUUCCUCUUGAAAGUUCUAAUAGUAGAAUGCACAAGGUGCAAUUUUGAAAGUGGGUAUUGCAUCAUCAGUUCCUCUUGUCAUGUCAGUCAUUGCAUACCUUAGAGAGCUAUUUAUAACUUGUCAGAAAUGUCCACAUCAACUCAGCCCAUGUUAGCUGACGUUUUGUUAUUUAGGUUUUUUAGCCCAUAGAUAUUGUUGUAAUUUUUUUAGUCACUCAAAUAUCACAUGAAUACACAUUAGACAUGGCAAAAUGUAUACAAUUGCAUGACAUUAGCUUUAAAACUUCAACAUUUUCUUUGUGAAGAAUUGCAGGAAGUAAGCUUUAAACCUGAAAAAUUAUCUUCACCAACAAGAUGGGUGUGAACAGUUUGUGUCAUGAACAGUGCUUGUGCCCAUAGAAUUAGAUGUGACCCGUGGGCGGGGGGGGGGGGGGGCGCGGGAUGUUCCCCAAUGCUGGAAGGGGGGACCCGAGUGGAAAAACAUUUGGGAAUCCCUGCCCUACAUGGUGCUUCAAUACACGGUGGGCAGAGUGCAGGCAUCCCGAUGCUGUGCAGUGAACCACUGGCUUAAUUAACUUAUUACAAGACGUAAGAUUACCAUAAGCGGAGAAAAUGUACUCAUGAAAAUUACCUUUUCAAAUGUAGCCGAGAUUUCCUUCCUUCCCAUUUGAAUGGCAUGGUUAAUUUAAACACAUAGAGGAUUCAUUUUAAAAAAACAGGCUGCUAUGGGGACGUUCUCUGUGAUCUAGACUAAAACAUACAUACACACAGCAGUGUGUGUGCACGCGCCCUUCAUACAGUGGUUGUAUUCAUUAGUGGCAGGCAGGCAACUCUGUAGCAGCUCUCAGAUGAAUGUGGAGUCUCCUGUGGGUUUGUCAUGGUGGUGCUGGGGGGUGAUUUUAAAGCUCCUUUCCCAAGGUCAGUUCACAGAUCUGUGGCUAUACUGAGCUUGCUGCUAUAGCCACCCUAAUGCUUCAUUCACUGUAUCCUUUCUAAUUUAUUUUUCAGAUUUGUGACAUUUAGGAAAAGACUGUAAAGUCACACUUUGUUCAUCUUACAAUGAUAUAUAUAUAUAUAUAUUUUGUAUUUCUUUAACCAAUGGUUUAGUUGUGAUGCCUGUGAUGGAUUGUUUCAUUUGUUGUUUGUGUUUCAGGGAGAUCCAGCUGCUACGGAGGCUCCAACACAAAAAUGUGAUCCAUUUGGUGGAUGUGUUGUACAAUGAAGAGAAGCAGAAAAUAUAUCAUUUCUUCCAGUGUGUGUGUGUGUGUGUGUGUGUGUGUGUGUGUGUGGUAUACAUUUUAAGCUACAUUAGCUUGUGCGUGUGGAAUGUUUGCAAAUUGAUGAGGGUGGCAAGAUUUCCUUAUGAAUUGUCUAGUCAUGUGAGAACUUCCUCUGUUUUGAAGUGAACUUUGACUCUGUGCAGGCUCUCCUAGCAGUAUGUGUGUGCCUCUCUCUCUCUCUCUCUCCAGUGAGGGGAAAAUGUAUUUGAUCCCCUGCUGAUUUUGUACGUUUGCCCACUGACAAAGACAUGAUCAGUCUUUCAUUUUAAUGGUAGGUUUAUUUGAAGACAGAAUAACAACAACAAAAUCCAGAAAAACGCAUGUCAAAAAUGUUAUAAAUUGAUUUGCAUUUUAAUGAGGGAAAUAAGUAUUUGACCCCUCUGCAAAACAUAACUUAGUACUUGGUGGCAAAACGUUUCAGUCAGACGUUUCUUGUAGUUGGCCACCAGGUUUGCACACAUCUCAGGAGGGAUUUUGUCCCACUCCUCUUUGCAGAUCUUCUCCAAGUCAUUAAGGUUUCGAGGCUGACGUUUGGUAACUCGAACCUUCAGCUCCCUCCACAUAUUUUCUAUGGGAUUAAGGUCUGGAGACUGGCUAGGCCACUCCAGGACCUUAAUGUGCUUCUUCUUGAGACACUCCUUUGUUGCCUUGGCCGUGUGUUUUGGGUCAUUGGCAUUUUCAAUGCCCAGGCUGAGGGAAGGAGGUUCUCACCCAAGAUUUGACGGUACAUGGCCCCGUCCAUCGUCCCUUUGAUGCGGUGAAGUUGUCCUGUCCCCUUAGCAGAAAAACACCCCCAAAGCAUAAUGUUUACACCUCCAUGUUUGACGGUGGGGAUGGUGUUCUUGGGAUCAUAGACAGCAUUCCUCCUCCUCCAAACACGGCGAGUUGAGUUGAUGCCAAAGAGCUCGGUUUUGGUCUCAUCUGGCCACAACACUUUCACCCAGUUCUCCUCUGAAUCAUUCAGAUGUUAAUUGGCAAACUUCAGACGGGCCUGUAUAUGUGCUUUCUUGAGCAUGGGGACCUUGCGGGCGCUGCAGGAUUUCAGUCCUUCACGGUGUAGUGUGUUACCAAUUGUUUUCUUGGUGACUAUGGUCCCAGCUGCCUUGAGAUCAUUGACAAGAUCCUCCCGUGUAGUUCUGGGCUGAUUCCUCACCGUUCUCAUGAUCAUUGCAACUCCACGAGGUGAGGACUUUCAUGGAGCCCCAGGCCGAGGGAGAUUGACAGUUCUUUUGUGUUUCUUCCAUUUGAGAAUAAUCGCACCAACUCUUCUCACCAAGCUGCUUGGCGAUGGUCUUGUAGCCCAUUCCAGCCUUGUGUAGGUCUACAAUCUUGUCCCUGACGUCCUUGGAGAGCUCUUUGGUCUUGGCCAUGGUGGAGAGUUUGGAAUCUGAUUGAUUGCUUCUGUGGACAGGUGUCUUUUAUACAGGUAACAAACUGAGAUUAGGAGCACUCCCUUUAAGAGUGUUCUCCUAAUCUCAGCUUGUUACCGGUAUAAAAGACACCUGGGAGCCAGAAAUCUUUCUGAUUGAGAGGGGGUCAAAUACUUAUUUCCCUCAUUAAAAUGCAAAUCAAUUUAUAACAUUUUUGACAUGCGUUCUUCUGAAUUUUUUUGUUAUUCUGUCUCUCACUGUUCAAAUAAACCUACCAUUAAAAUUAUAGACUGAUCAUUUAUUUGUCAGUGGGCAAACGUACAAAAUCAGCAGGGGAUCAAAUACUUUUUUCCCUCACUCUAUCUCUCUGUCUCUGUGCGUCCCUCCCUCUGCGGUCAUUUAACAGAUGCUCUUAUCCAGAGCGACUUACUUUUAGGUAGCUAGGCGAGACAACCACAUCAGUCUAUUCUGUAUCAUCCCUCUUCUCUCUUCCCCUACAAUAUCUACCUAGAGCUUUUCUUGCUAAGAUAAUAUCACAUUGAUUAUGAGCUCAAACGAUUAUACAGUUGCGCCCAAAUAUAUUGGCACCCUUGCACUUUUCUUAAAGGGAUACUUCGGGAUUCUGGCAAUGAAUUAUCUACUUCCCCAGAGAUGAACUCAUGGAUACCAUUUUUAUGUCUCUGCAUCCAAUAUUAAGGAAGUUGGAGGUAGUUUCACAAGCCAAUGCUAACUAGCGUUAGCGUAAUGACAAAGUUUUAUAGACCUUGUCAUUGCUCUAAUGCUAGUUAGAAAUUGAGCUAAUGCUAGAUAGCGACUUCUUUCAGACUGCACGCAGAGACAUAAAAAUGGUAUCCACAAGUUCAUCUGGCUCUGGGGAAGUAAAUAAAGUGCUUCAUUCCCAAAAUAUACCUUUUAAUAAUUCCCUAUUCUAAAAUAAGUUGACAUUUUAAAUAAAAAAAACUUUAGUUCACCACACCUUGUUAUUGGAUUUUCAACAUGGCAGAACCCAUUUUUUCUUUGUAAACUUUUAACAUUUUAAUUGAUAAAAUAAAGACAAAUGGCAUGGACAAAAUGAUUGGCACCCCAGAGAUAGUACUUGGUUGCACAGCCUUUUGCCAAGAUAACUGCCAACAAAUGCUUCUUGUAGCUGUCAAUGAGCUUGCUGUACCUUUCUACUGGCUCUUCUACUUUUUAGCAGCAAAUUGCUCUGCUCUAAUUAUUCAACGUUUGAGGGUGUCAUCCUCCAAGUGCUGUUUUCAGAUCUGGACUCUUCACUGGCCACUCCAGAACAUUGCAAAGGUCCCAACUGCCAAUAUUUAUGGCCGGAACUGUAUCUUGUUUUUGCCUUUUUAUAUAUAUAUUUUUUGUUCCAAGAUAACUAGCAUUGCUACUUGCUUAAAGCCUUGGAGAAACUCAACUAAACAAAUAAAACAAGAGCCAUAUUUAGUCGAUUUCCCACUCUGAGCCAGUAACUUUCAAUGCAUUCUGUACGAGGAAAAUGUAUUUCCUUUUCUGCUGUAUUUUAAUGGCUGUUUUAAUAUAGCAGUUUGUUUAGUGUUGAAAUGCUUCUCAUUACCCUGUUGUUUUGAGUAUUCCCUUGACUCCCUGUCUCACGUAUAUGGUGAUGGAGUAUUGCGUAUGUGGGAUGCAAGAAAUGCUGGACAGCGUCCCAGAGAAAAGGUUUCCAGUAUUUCAAGCUCACGGGUAAGUUUCUCUCUUUCUUGCCAGCUCUCUCACUCUAUCCUUUCUCUCGCCCUCUCUCUCUUUUGCUAAUUCUCCCCAGUUUUCUCUUUCAUGCCAGCUCUUUCUCUCGCCAUCUCUCCUAUUUUCUCCCGCUUGCUCUCCUCGCUCUCUCUCUUUCUCGCCCCACUGCUAUUAUUAGUGUGAGCUUCUUCCCAGACUAAGUUUAGGGCCAGUACCCAGCAGGACUGCAAAGCUCUCCAUUGCAAGAAUACCUGGUCAAUGGACAAAUCCCCAACUGUUAGAUGACUGUGCAUUGUGAAGUUUCAAAAGCUGGAGUCAAGUUCAUUAGCCGUUCUUUUGCACCUCAUUUCGCCUCUCUGUUCUCUUUGUCUCUCUCAUUUUUGCUCUCUUCUUGCCUUUUAUUUCUCCUCUCUCCGCUCCCUUGCUUUCCCCCACUGUAUAUCUGUCUUCUUCCUGUAAGUGCUAGAUAUAAAAGCUGUCAUUGAUUGAUACCUGUUGAAUAUCCACUGUCUAUAUGGCUGAUGGAUCUUUAUCAAUAAAUAGUUCCAGAUUUUUAGGAUUUCUCAUAACCUCAUUUGGUGAUCACUUAUCUUUCUCAUGUCUUGAUUGCUUGCAAAUUCGCGUUUUCAAUGCCUCUCAAUCUUGUCUCUCUCUUCCUCUCUCUUGCUCUUCCUUUCUCUCUCUCGCCUCUCUGCUCUUUCGUGAUCUCCCUUCUGCCUCCUGCAUCUCGUCUCUUCUCUCACUUUGUUCUCUCUUUCUGUUUAUCAUCUUCUCAUCCUGAUCUAUUUCUCGUCUGAGCGUUUCAGAUCUCUGUCUUCGUUCUGUCGUCUCUCUCUGCUCAUACUUGUCUGCUUCUCGUUAUUCCUGCUCUCUCCCUGUUGCUCUCUCUCGCAUGUCCUCUUCUCUGCUGUAUCUGUCUCUCUUCUCUUCGCUCGUCUGCUCUUCUCUCUCUCUCCCGCGUCUCUCUGCUCUCUCGCUUCUGUCUCUUCUCCUGCUCUCUCGCUGUCUCUUCUCUCCUGCUUCUUGCCUCGUCUGUUCUUCUCGUCGCUCUUCUUCGCUGUCUUCUCCUCUCCCUCUUGCUGUCUGCUCUCCUCUCUCGUGCUCUCUCUCUCUGCUGUCUCUCUCGUUCUCUGUCUGCUGUCCUCUCUCUUCUCUCUCGUGUUUCUUUUCGCUUCUCUCGCUCUCUCCUCUGCUCUCUCGCUGCUCUUCUCUCUCUCUGCUCGCUGUGUCUCUCUCUCUCCGUCUUGUCUCUGUUCUCUCUCUCUCUCGCUUCGUCUCUCUCUCUUCCGCUUCUCUCGUCUCCUCUCUCGUGUCUCUCUCUCGCUUCUGUCUCUCUUCUCUCGCUGUCCUGCUCUCUCUCUCUUCCUGUCUCUUCGCUCUCUUGUCUCGCUGUCUGCUCUCUCUCUCUCUCGCUGUCUCUCUCUCUCGCUGUCUGUCUCUCUUCUCGCGUUCUCUUGUCUCUCUCCGUCUUCUCGGUCUCUUCUCUCGCUCGCGUCUCUCCUCUCUGUGUCUCUGCUCUCUGUUCUCUCCUCUGUCUGUCUCUCUCGCUCUCUCUGUUCCUCUCUCUGUCGCUCUCUCUGCUGCUCUCUUCUCUUCUCUCUCUCUCGCUGUUCUCUCGCUGUCUCGUGCUCUCUCUCUCGCUGUCUCUGUCUCUCUCCUGUCCUUCUCCUCGCUGUCUGUUCUCCUCUCUUCGUUCUCUGUGUCCUCUCUCUCCGUUCUGCCCUCUCCUCCUGUCUCUCGUCUCGUCUUGUCGCUCUCCUCUCGUCUUGCUCUCUCUCGCUCUCUGUAUCUCUCUCUCUGUCGCUCUCUCUGUCGCUCUCUCUGUCGCGCUCUCUGUCGCUCUCUCGCUCUCUGUCUCUCGCUCUCGCGCUCUGUCGCUCGCUCUCUCUCUCUCGCUGUCUGUGUCUCUCUCUCUCGCUCUCUCUCUUUCCCUCUCAGGUACUUUUUACAGCUGUUAGAUGGUCUUGAAUAUUUGCACAGCCAGGGAAUCGUUCACAAAGACAUUAAACCAGGGAAUCUGCUGCUGACCACUGACGGCGCGCUCAAGAUCUCUGACCUGGGUGUGGCAGAGGUGAGAGGUCAAAUACCUAUUGUUAGGGACAUACAGGUAACUGCCAAAAUAAAGUAAACACUUUAGUAAAUGAAGAUUCUGGCAGCUCUGUUAUGGUGUGGUUUUCCUGGCAUGGUUUAGGUCCACUCGACCCCUUAGAGGGCAAGGUAAACACCAAUAAAGACACAGCCAUUCUGAGUGAUUACCUUCAACCUAUGGUGACUCAUUUCUAUCCUAAUGAGUGGUUUCUUCCAGGAUGACAAUGCCCCCACAGGGCACAAGUGGUCACUGAAUGGUUUGAUGAGCAUGUAAACCAUAUGCCAUGGCCAUCUCCGUCACUAGAUCUCAACCCAACUGAACAGUUAUAGGAGAUUCUAGAGCGGCACCUGAGAUGGCGUUUCCACCACCAUCAACAAAACAACAAAUUAUGGAAUUUCUUGUGGCAUAAUGGUGUUGCAUCCCUCCAAUAUAGUUAGACACUUGACGAAUCUAUGCCAAGGCACAUUGAAGCUGUUCUGCAUCGUGGUGACCCAACGCACUAUUGACACUAUUUAUAUAGGUGUUUCCUUCAUUUUGGCAGUUGCCUGUCCAUGUUCUUAACUAUAGUUUGCAGAUAGCAUUCUUCCCUCUCUCUGAUUGAUCAUGCUGAUUGUGAGCUUUUUUUUCUCCCUACCUCGCUCACGCUCUAAUAUUAUUAUAUAUUUAUUAUUAUAUCUUUUUUUUCUUCCCUCUCUCUGCCAGGCUCUGCACCCGUUUGCAAAGGACGACACGUGUCGUACAAGUCAGGGCUCUCCAGCGUUUCAACCCCCCGAGAUCGCCAACGGCCUGGACACGUUUUCAGGGUUCAAAGUGGACAUCUGGUCUGCAGGUGUCACACUGUGCGUAAUGGCUAUUGCACUGUCCACGCCCUUCUGACCAUGACCCCCAGCCCCUCUCUGACCCCCUCCCCCAGCCCCUCUCUGACCCCCUCCCCCAGCCACUAACACUUUGGGUUGAUCUGAAAGAAUGACAAAUGAUAACAGCCUAGUGUCAUUAGCGCUUUGAUUACAAUUCUGUUCAUCUUCAUUUCAACAUCAUCCUUUGUGUUGCAGGGAGUCUUAGAAUGGUUUUUUCUGUUAUAAUUAUGAGAAUUAGUUAUACAUAGUUCGUGGUCCAUGUAAGAUAACAAUCCUCAGAUAUGAAGUCUCAAAUGAACUCAUUGUGUGUAAUGUCUUGCCUGUUUCACUUUUCCCUGCCAUAGAUACAACAUUACAACGAGUCUAUAUCCAUUUGAAGGGGACAACAUCUAUAAGCUAUUUGAGAACAUUGGGAAGGGAGACUACAGUGUUCCUGAGGAGUGUGGCCCCUCCCUGUCAGACCUACUGCAAGGUGAGGUUGACCAUGAUGAUGAAGAUUGCACUGACUUCAUUUAGCUCAUCACUUUACACAGCACUGGAUUACUCCGGUCAUGGAGAGCUUUCUUCCAGGUCAACUCUAACGCACCCGAUGCAGCUACUCAUGGUCUAAAUGGAAGAUUAUUUUAAUGUUAGUGCUGGGCUGGAACAAAAGACUGUACACGGCUAUUUAUCCAUGACAGGACUUGGCCACCCUUGUGUGUUAGUCAGGGGAAUCACUGGAAUAUACUGAGAAAUGCCCUGUGGCGUUGUCUGAGCUUGUCCAGUAGAUGGCAUCAUGACGUUGACUCGGUCUCCUCAGAAUCGGAGGCCUGUAACCUAUGCAGAAUCGCUUUAGUGGAAGCAUAGGGUGUUCUCAGGGCAGGCCUGGUUAUAGCUAGAAAUUACAACCCUUUUCUUAACCUAAUUCUCCUAUCCUGCCACGUUAAUUAUCCUAACCUGCUGCGAAGAGUUACUUCUGCCCUGAGAACAGUGUGUGUUCAGAAUAAUGCGAUACUCCAUAACCUACACUAUUGAAAUAUUUCUGCACACUUUCCCAUUGAUAUAGGAACAGCAGUGGACUAUUAAAAUGGCCUCUGCAAAGGACGGAUAUGUAUUCACCAAACCUCUGCAGUCACUAAACUAGCUCCACUGCGUGCAGCCCUGCACUUAAAGUUGUGACUAUGCGUGGGCAUACAGUACAACCACAGACAAUGAGAUUUGGCCUUGGGGACUUCAGUGAUAAAAGGGAGAUAUUUUCUUCAAAAAACAGGAAUAUAAGGACACCUUGUGGUGCAGUCUAGAUGCCUCGAAAUGAAAAACUAGAAAUGGUACACUGGAAACCGAGAAAUCAUAUAUUUAGUUUUUUUAUUGGUGUUCAGUAAGGUCUAUUUCAUCCCUUUCAUCAUAGCUUUCCAAUAAGACCCACACACAUCUUGUGAACGAGACUAGAUUCAGAACGGAAUCGUUUUAAUCGUCAAACUUCUUUGUAGUCGAAGCAAUGCUUGAUCUACAAUGAAAGGUUAUCAAUAGUUGUAGAAAACUAGUUUCUAUUGCUUUAGGCAGCUCUGUCAUUGACUGAGCCGUUAUCUAACGGUCCACUUCCUCUUGACGUGUGUGAGCAUGCUUGUAUGUUAGGUGUGUGUGUGACGUGUAGGCUCGUGUGUGUGUGUGUGUGUGUGGUGACGCAGCCCAGGUCUGAGAGCCGGCCUGCAAUUACAGUCUCUAAAAUAAGCUUGUUGCCUGGCACAAAAGGUGUCCUUCAGCACGCCCAUGAAUAACAUCAGCACGCAUUACGUACUUCAAAUGUAGAAAGCAUUAACAUAGUCUUGCCCUAAGCGCUGCAUCACUGUGGCACUGAUGAAGAUAAAUUAAUUUUUGAAGACUGCUUUAGUGUAGGCUAGGGUUGAAUAUUUUCCCGGUAUUUUAGAAAUGUUCCAUCCCGAGAAUAAAUGACUUUUCUCCCAGGUAACCUGUUAUUUCCAGCCAAAACCGGAAGUGUCAUUCAAAAGCAUUAUAAAGCAUAUAAAUAUGUCUGGAUUUGAUUAGAGCUUUGAUCAGCAUGAAAAUUCAAACCUGAUGCUACCUGAGCCUGAUGAGCCAUAUAUUUUAAAUACAUUUUAUGAGUCCUACGUUAACGACAUUUAAUGAGACCAAGCCCAAAUGAUUGUGCCGUUAUCAAAUGCAUAUAUGUUAUAGGCUACUGCACAUUACUCACAACAGGGAAUAACAUAAAAGCCCAUAGAUAUAGAUAGCUCUAUGCUCUCUUUGGUAAAUAAAUGAAACUAGCUCCAGUAGGCUAAUCUUUACUGUAUUACUGUAUUGUAUUAUACUGUAUUAAAUGGACUGGAAUUAUGCACAUUGUUCAAACCAUGAUGAAGCCUGGAGAGAACAUGUGAUUCUGGUGCAGCACAUGUGUCCGACAAAGUUACAAGUAUAGGCUAGCGAAUUUGAUUUACAUUUUGAAAUAUAUGGCUUAUUUGUAUAAUUAGUAGGCUGACACAUAUAUUUCCCCAAAUGUUAUUAGCCUACCUGUUCUUUCUCUUUCUAUUGUUGCUUCAUUCCUUCCUCACUUUCAACAGUUAAAUAAAAUAUGUUUUGUCGUCCUUAUCUUAAUCAUUCUAAUGACAUCCUUGAAUAAUAUAGAACUAGAAUUAGAUGCAGAAGGCUUUCGCUUCUCUUCACGAAGAUAGAUUGAAUGGUUAUGGGUCUGAAUAAAUAACUGCUAUAGCCUACACCCAUCACGCGUCCGCUCUUCUUUCAAACUACCCGUGAGUUCUAUUGGCUGCUGUAUUUAACGUUCAGCAAAAAAGAGCUUGCGUCCCUCUUCGAAUAGUCUUAUUGGUAUAAGAAAUGUCCAGCAAGCUAUUCUAGUCUAGCUUUUCUUGCAUGGGACUCCAAGAGCUAAGGAGCGUUUUUUGAGGACAGGCCAUAGGAGAACAGGUGCUUGCAUAUUGCGCAAGAGACGGAGGCUAUAAGUUAGAAGCUUAUUAUGCAUAACCCAUCAUUAAUUAGCUAAAUAUAAGGCUAAUACUCCAUUAAAUGUAUUACCUGAAAGAGGUAGGCUAGGAUCUCUCACUCUCUGUGUGGGUGUACAGUCGUGGUCAAAAGUUUUGAGAAUGACACAAAUACUAAUUUUCACAAAGUCUGCUGCCUCAGUUUUGAUGAUGGCAAUUUGCAUAUACUCCAGAAUGUCAUGAAAAGUGAUCAGAUGAAUUGCAAUCAAUUGCAAAGUCCCUCUUUGCCAUGAAAAUGAACUUAAUCCCCCAAAAAACAUUUCCACUGCAUUUCAGCCCUGCCACAAAAGGACCAGCUGCCAUCAUGUCAGUGAUUCUCUCCUUAACACAGGUGAGAGUGUUGACGAGGACAAGGCUGGAGAUCACUCUGUCAUGCUGAUUGAGUUAGAAUAACAGCCUGGAAGCUUUAAAAGGAGAGUGGUGCUUGAAAUCAUUGUUCUUCCUCUGUUAACCAUGCCAUCAUCAUUGCUUUGCACAAAAAGGGCUUCACAGGCAAGGAUAUUGCUGCUAGUAAGAUUGCACCUAAAUCAACCAUUAUAUCGGAUCAUCAAGAACUUCAAGGAGAGAGGUUCAAUUGUUGUGAAGAAGGCGUCAGGGCACCCAAGAAAGUCCAGCAAGCGCCAGGACCUUCUCCUAAAGUUGAUUCAGCUGCGGGAUCGGGUCACCACCAGUGCAGAGCUUGCUCAGGAAUGGCAGCAGGCAGGUGUGAGUGCAUCUGCACGCACAGUGAUGCGAAGACUUUUGGAGGAUGGCCUGGUGUCAAGAAGGGCAGCAAAGAAGCCACUUCUCUCCAGGAAAAACAUCAGGGACAGACUGAUAUUCUGCAAAAGGUACAGGGAUUGGACUGCUGAGGACUGGGGUAAAGUCAUUUUCUCUGAUGAAUCCCCUUUCCGAUUUGUUUGGGGCAUCCGGAAAACACCUUGUCCGGAGAAGACAAGGUGAGCGCUACCAUCAGUCCUGUGUCAUGCCAACAGUAAAGCAUCCUGAGACCAUUCAUGUGUGGGGUUGCUUCUCAGCCAAGGGAGUGGGCUCACUCACAAUUUUGCCUAAGAACACAGCCAUGAAUAAAGAAUGGUACCAACACAUCCUCCGAGAGCAACUUCUCCCAACCAUCCAAGAACAGUUUGGUGAUGACCAAUGCCUUUUCCAGCAUGAUGGAGCACCUUGCCAUAAGGCAAAAGUGAUAACUAAGUGGCUCUGGGAACAAAACAUCGACAUUUUGGGUCCAUGUUCAGGAAACUCCCCAGACCUUAAUCCUAUUGAGAACUUGUGGUCGAUCCUCGAGGCGGGUGGACAAACAAAAACCCACAUUCUGACAAACUCCAAGCAUUGAUUAUGCAAGAAUGGGCAGCCAUCAGUCAGGAUGUGGCCCAGAAGUUAAUUGACAGCAUGCCAGGGCGGAUUGCAGGGGUCUUGAAAAAGAAGGGUCAACACUGCAAAUAUUGACUCUGCAUAAACUUAAUGUAAUUGUCAAUAAAAGCCUUUGACAUUUAUGGAAUGCUUGUAAUUAUACUUCAGUAUACCAUAGUAACAUCCAACAAAAAUAUAUCAUAACACUGAAGCAGUGAACUUUGUGAAGACCAAUACUUGUGUCAUUCUCAAAACGUUUGACCACGACUGUACACACACACUUGGAAAGUAUUCAGACCCCUUCACUUUUUCCACAUUUUGUUACGUUACAGCCUUAUUCUAAAAUGUAUAAAAUAGUUUUUUGUCCCUCAUAAAUCUACACACAAUACCCCAUAAAGACAAAGCAAAAAAACAUUUAUAUAUAUAUAUAUAUAUCAGUUGAAGUCGGAAGUUUACAUACACUUAGGUUGGAGUCAUUAACUAGUUUUUCAACCACUCCCGAAAUUUCUUGUUAACAAACUAUAGUUUUGGCAAGUCGGUUAGGACAUCUACUUUGUGCAUGACACAAGUCAUUUUUCCAACAAUUGUUUACAGACAGAUUAUUUCACUUAUAAUUCACUGUAUCACAAUUCCAGUGGGUCAGAAGUUUACAUACACUAAGUUGACUGUGCCUUUUAAACAGCUUGGAAAAUUCCAGAAAAUGAUGUCAUGGCUUUAGAAGCUUCUGAUAGGCUAAUUGACAUCAUUUGAGUCAAUUGGAGGUGUACCUCUGGAUAUAGUUCAAGGCCUACCUUCAAACUCAGUGCCUCUUUGCUUGACAUCAUGGGAAAAUCAAAAGAAAUCAGCCAAGACCUCAGAAAAAAAAUUGUACACCUCCACAAGUCUGGUUCAUCCUUGGAGCAAUUUCCAAACGCCUGAAAGUACCACGUUCAUCUGUACAAACAAUAGUACGCAAGUAUAAACACCAUGGGACCACGCAGCCGUCAUACCGGUCAGGAAAGAGACGCGUUCUGUCUCCUAGAGAUUAACGUACUUUGAUGGGAAAAGCGCAAAUCAAUCCCAGAACAACAGCAAAGGACCUUGCGAAGAUGCUGGAGGAAACAGGUACAGAAGUAUCUAUAUCCACACUAAAACGAGUCCUAUAUCGACGUAACCUGAAAGGCCGCUCAGCAAGGAAGAAGCCACUGCUCCAAAACCGCCAUAAAAAAGCAAAUCUACGGUUUGCAACUGCACAUGGGGACAAAGAUUGUACUUUUUGGAGAAAUGUCCUCUGGUCUGAUGAAACAAAAAUAGAACUGUUUGGCCAUAAUGACCAUCGUUAUGUUUGGAGGAAGAAGGGCGACGCUAGCAACAUCUCAAGACAUCAGUCAGGAAGUUAAAGAUUGGUCGCAAAUGGGUCUUCCAAAUGGACAAUGACCCCAAGCAUACUUCCAAAGUUGUGGCAAAAUGGCUUAAGGACAACAAAGUCAAGGUAUUGGAGUGGCCAUCACAAAGCCCUGACCUCAAUCCUAUAGAAAAUGUGUGGGCAGAACUGAAAAAGUGUGUGCGAACAAGGAGGCCUACAAACCUGACUCAGUUACACCAGCUCUGUCAGGGGGAAUGGGCCAAAAUUCACCCAACGUAUUGUGGAAGGCUACCCGAACCGUUUGACCCAAGUUAAACAAUUUAAAGGCGAUGACACUCAAUUAGUAUUUGGUAGAUAUAAACUUCUGACCCACUGGGAAUGUGAUGAAAUAAAUAAAAGCUGAAAUAAAUCAUUCUAUCUACUAUUAUUCUGACAUUUCACUUUCUUAAAAUAAAGUGGUGAUACUAACUGACCUAAGACAGGGAAUUAUUACUACGAUUAAAUGUCAGGAAUUGUGAAAAACUGAGUUUAAAUGUAUUUGUCUAAGGUGUAUGUAAACUUCCGACUUCAACUGUGUAUGUAUGUGUGUGUAUAGCCUCCCCUGUAGCUCAGUUGGUAGAGCAUGGCGCUUGCCACGCCAGGGUUGUGGGUUCGAUUCCCACGGGGGGAAAGUAUGAAAAAUGUAUGCACUCACUAACUGUAAGUUGCUCUGGAUAAGAGCGUCUGCUAAAUGACUAAAAUGUAAUAUAUACUUUUUAAACUAUCACAUCUACAUAAGUAUUCAGACCCUUUACUCAGUACUUUUUUGAAGCACCUUUGGCAGCAAUUAUAGCCUCAAGUCGUCUUUGGUAUGAUGCUACAAGCUUGGCACACCUGUAUUUGGGGAGUUUCUCCCAUUCUUCUCUGUAGAUCCUCUCAAGGUCUGUCAGGUUCGAUAGCACAGCAAUUUUCAUUGUCAGGUUCAAGUCCGGUCUCUGGCUGGGCCACUCAAGGACAUUCAGAGACUUGUCCCGAAGGCGCUCCUGCGUUGUCUUGGCUGUGUGCUUAGGGUCAUUGUCCUGUUGGAAGGGGAACCUUCGCCCAAGUGUGAGGUCAUGAGUGCCCUGGAGCAGGUUUUCAUCAAGGAUCUCUCUGUACUUUGCUCCAUUCAUCUUUCCCUCGAUCCUGACUAGUCUCCCAGUCCCUGCCGCUGAAAAACAUCCCCACAGCAUGAUGCUGCCACCACUAUGCUUCACCGUAGGGAUAGUAUUGGCCUGGUGAUGAGCGGUCUUGGUUUCCGCCAGAUGUGACUCUUGACAUUCAGGCCAAAGAGUUCCGUCUUGGUUUCAUCAGACCAGAGAAUCUUGUUUCUCAUGGUCAGAGUCCUUUGGGUGCCUUUUGGCAAACUCCAAGCGGGCCUUUUUACUGUGGAGUGGCUUCCGUCUGGCCACUCUACCAUGAAGGCCUGAUUUGGUGGAGUGCUGCAGAGAUUGUUGUCCGUUUGGAAGGUUCUCCCAUCUCCACAGAGGAACUCUGGAGCUCUGUCAGAGUGACCAUCGGGUUCUUGGUCACCUCCCUGACCAAGGCCCUUCUCCCCUGAUUGCUCAGUUUGGCCGGGCGGCCAGCUCUAGGAAGAGUCUUGGUGGUUCUAAACUUCUUCCAUUUAAGAAUGAUGGAGGCCACUGUGUUCUUGGGGACCUUUUAAUGCAGCAGAAAUGUUUUGGUACCCUUCUCCAGAUCUGUGCCUCGACACAAUCCUGUCACGGCGCUCUACGGACAAUUCCUUCGGCUUCAUGGCUUGGUUUUUGCUGUGACAUGCACUGUGAAUGGUGGGACCUUUAUAUAGACAGGUGUGUGCCUUUCCAAAUCAUGUCCAAUUAAUUGAAUUUACCACAGGUAGACUCCAAUCAAGUUGUAGAAACAUCUCAAGGAUGAUCAAUGUAAACAGGAUGCACCUGAGCUAAAUUGCGAGUCUCAUAGCAAAGGGUCUGAAUACUUAUGUAAAUAAGGUGUGUGUGUGUAUAUAUAUAUAUAUAUAUAUAUAUAUAUAUAUAUAUAUUAUUUAUUUUAAAUGUGCAAAAAUGUCUAAACCUGUUCGCUUUGUUCUCAUGGGUUGUUGUGUGUAGAUUUAGUAUUUUUAUUUAUUUAAUCAAUUUUAAAAUAAGGCUGUAACGUAACAAUAUGGAAAAAGUGAAGGGGUCUGAAUACUUUCCGAAUGCACUGCAGUUUAUCAAUCUAGAACAGGAUAAUCUAUUUUGGAUGCAAUUUGAAUGGAGUUGAUGGCGAGAGAGAGAGAGAGACUGUGAGUGAGUGCUAUCGCAUUCACUGAUUUUAAAGCAACGAUGUUCGAGUGAUGGGCUGUUGUGAAACUCAGCAGCUGCAAAAACAAGGUUACCCCCGAAAUCCAGAUGGAGAUCAUUAAAUUAGACACACUUUCAGUCGUUAUAUUAAUGGCUAUGCUGCAGCAAAUGUAGGCCUACCUGUCACAAGAAAGUAAGUGACUAUGAUGAGAUGGGUCUACAUGCAUUGUGAACUGCGCUCCACUGAGAUGGUCUGUCCCCACCCUGAGCGUCGAUUCAUCAUGUAGAGGCUGUAGAGAAGCCAGAUUUAGACAUUGCAUAUAAUUUAACAGUUCCAUUUCACGCCAUGCUGUUCAUAUAAAUAAUUUAUUAUAAUUUACUGGUUUCUCGCAGUUACUUAUCCAGGAAAAGGGAGUAGUUUUGGGCCGGUAAAUCUCGGUAACCAGGUUCCCACCAUUCAGCCCUAGUGUAGGCUAAUCAAUGUGUUGCCGUUAUCUAGAUUAUCACAUGGAUUGUUUCUUUGUUGCAGCAUUGUGCACAUUUUUGUGGCAUUUUAUGAUGCUCUAGUCUCUAGUGAUAUUUUGUCAUAGUAUUUGGGCGGCAGGUAGCUUAGUGGGUAAGAGCGUUGUGCCAGUAACCGAAAGGUCGCUGGUUCUAAUCCCCGAGCCGACUAGGUGAAAAAUCUGUCGAUGUGCCCUUAAGCAAGGCACUUAACCCUAAUUGCUGAUGUAAGUCGCUCUGGAUAAGAGCAUCUGCUAAAUGACUAAAAUGUAAAUGUAAAUUUGUAUUGUUGGUAGUUUGUGGUAUACAGUGAAAUGUGUUCUCUUCCUCUGUAGAAUGAAUUUAUUUCCCCCUUUUAUCUUAUUUUCUUCUCCGCUCCUCUGUUCUUACAUUCUGCUUGUUUGUCUUGACCAGGAAUGCUUGAAUAUGAUCCCGUCAAGAGGUUUUCCAUACAGUACAUCAGGCAACACAAGUAAGUGACUGAAGUAAUCCAUGUUGAAAAUAGACCUUACAAGUCUUUACGUCGAUUCCUUUCAUCUUCUGAUUCGAUUUAACUGAAAUGGACGCCACCCUUACCAUGCCACAGUCCAUACAGAAGGCUGUGCUCUCUUUGCCCUCAGCGAUGCUGUGAAGUCUGUCACUGUUAAUAUCAGACUGUUCUAGUGUUCCACACUGAGAAUUAGAAUGAAUGUGUUGGGAUUCUCUGGUUCCACUGCUCCUCCGGCAUCAGGGACAGACCGACUGAGACAUGAGGCGGCAGAGGGAGGAACACUUUAUGUUCAUAAUAAUGACUAGAAGGGAGUGAAUGUAAUGAUAUCUAACACAUGGAAACCAUGUUUAUGAUGCGUUUGAUAAAAUUCCAUCUAUUUCGUUCCAGCUAUUACUCUGUGCCCUACUAUGAACCCUAAGGUGCUACCAGCUGCCUUCAAUCUCAGACAAUGAGAUUUUGCCUUGAGGAGACUUCAGAUUAUAUAUGUGUGUGUGUUUUUUUUCUUCAGAAAAUAGGAAUUUUAGCACACCUUGUGGUGCAGUCUAGCUGCUUCGAAAUGAAAUGGUACACUGGAAACGGAAAAAUCAUAUUUAGUUUUUUAUUGGUAUGCAUUUAAUGUAUUUCAACCCUGUGACGUGUGCAUAUGGUAGACUUAUCCUUUGUGACAUGAAAAGCCUUCAUUUCCAUACCGCAACAUGUCCCAUCAUAGGCUUAAUCUUAUUAUUAGUUCCACAUGCUGUCCAUUUCUGAGGCUCUGUGAUACUGAUGUGGUGCUCCGAUGACGUCAGUGGAUUAGAGUGAGUAGAGAUGGGGUGGAGGGGGAGGAAGAAUAGAGAGGGGGGGAGAAUAGAGAGAGGGGGAGAGGAAGAAUAGAGAGAGGAAGAGUAGAGGGAGGAGGAGAGGAAGAAUAGAGAGGGAGGAGGAAGAGUAGAGAGGGAGAGGAGAGAAGCUGCUCAGAGCAUGCUGAAAUCCAUUUUCUCCCUUUGUGUGUUAGAGGAGAAGGAUACUGCACUUGUAGAGGACUCUCUCUGGGUUUUAACCCUCUUGACUAAAAGAGCUCCAAGGACUGUGAUGAGACUCCGUUUCCAUGGUUACUAAUGACAGAGGCAUCCUCUUGCUACAAAGGAGUUCUUGACCCUCCUGCAAUUUGUGGAGAGAAUGAGAGCGAGAGAAAAGAGGGCGUGAGCGAAAGGGAAAGAAAGGAACUUGAGGGAGAGCGAGAGAGAGGAAGGAAAAGGGAACCUUAAUCACCCCGUCAGCAGCCCUCCUACUGAAAGACCCUCCACAGCUGUCUCUGAUGGUGCCUCAUUUAAACUCUUCAUAGCAGCACGGUGUCGUGAAGAAAAAAAAGCAGGGAAGCAGAAAUUAACCACCCCAUUCGUCACGCACUGAAAUACACACUCCGUUUCCAUAUCUGGUUGGGUUGCAUUAAAAUGUAGCUAAGUGUCGGCUUAUGAAAACUGACUUCAGUCAUGAUACAAAGCACUAUGUGGGUCCGCCUAUUGGCUCGGAAUAAGGCUAUCCAACUGGCUAAGUCAGAUUUUGUGCCAAGACUAGUUUAGUAACUACUAAUACAAUAUCCCCUACCUGCCCUUCUCCUCCCCCCCCUCAGCUGGGUACGUAAAAAACACCCGCCAACGGAGCCCCCGGUGCCCAUCCCAGCCAGCGCGGAGAGCCGGGACGUGUGGCGCAGCAUGACGGUGGUGCCCUACCUGGAGGACCUGCACGGCUACACUGAGGAGGAGGACCAGGAGUUCUAUGACCAGGAGGAUGACAUCAUCUACACUCAGGACUUCACCGUGCCAGGUAGUCACGGAGAGAAAUACUGUAUAAACACACACACACAGGACUUCACGAUGGGGGGGGAGACAUACCCCACAUACACACAUUAAAAUAUGAGUGAAGAACGAAAGAGAGAAACACACACACACACAGGGCUUCAGUGUGCCAGGUACAGUUGAAGUCAGAAGUUUACAUACACUUAGGUUGGAGUUAUUAAAACUCGUUUUUCAACCACUCCACACAUUUCUUGUUAACACCCUAUAGUUUUGGCAAGUCGGUUAGGACAUCUACUUUGUGCAUGACACAAGUACUUUUUCCAACAAUUGUUUACAAACAGAUUAUUUCACUUAUAAUUCACUGUAUCACAAUUCCAGUGGGUCAGAAGUUUACAUACACUAAGUUGACUGUGCCUUUAAACAGCUUGGAAAAUUCCAGAAAAUGAUGUUAUGGCUUUAGAAGCUUCUGAUAGGCUAAUUGACAUAAUUUGAGUCAAUUGGAGGUGUACCUGUGGAUGUAUUUCAAGGCCUACCUUCAAACUCAGUGCCUCUUUGCUUGACAUCAUGGGAAAAUCAAAAGAAAUCAGCCAAGACCUCAGAAAAAAAAUUGUAGACCUCUACAAGUCUGGUUCAUCCUUGGGAGCAAUUUACCACGUUCAUCUGUACAAACAAUAGUACGCAAGUAUAAACACCAUGGGACCACGCAGCCAUCAUACCGCUCAGGAAGGAGACGCGUUCUGUCUCCUAGAGAUGAACGUACUUUGGUGCGAAAAGUGCAAAUCAAUCCCAGAACAACAGCAAAGGACCUUGUGAAGAUGCUGGAGGAAACGGGUACAAAAUAUCUAUAUCCACAGUAAAACGAGUCCUAUAUCGACAUAACCUGAAAGGCCGCUCAGCAAGGAAGAAGCCACUGCUCCAAAACCACUAUUAAAAAGAUAGACUACGGUUUGCAACUGCACAUGGGGAGAAAGAUCGUACUUUUUGGAGAAAUGUCCUCUGGUCUGAGGAUACAAAAAUAUAACUGUUUGGCCAUAAUGACCAUCGUUAUGUUUGGAGGAAAAAGGGGGGUGCUUGCAAGCCGAAGAACACCAUCCCAACCGUGAAGCACGGGGGUGUCAGCAUCAUGCUGUGGGGGUGCUUUGCUGCAGGAGGGACUGGUGCACUUCACAAAAUAGAUGGCAUCAUGAGGAUGGAAAAGUAUGUGGAUAUAUUCAGGAAGUUAAAGCUUGGUCGCGAAUGGUCCUUCCAAAUGGACAAUGACCCCAAGCAUACUUCCAAAGUUGUGGCAAAAUGGCUUAAGGACAACAAAGUCAAGGUAUUGGAGUGGCCAUCACAAAGCCCUGACCUCAAUCCUAUAGAAAAUUUGUGGGCAGAACUGAAAAAGCGUGUGCGAGCAAGGAGGCCUACAAACCUGACUCAGUUACACCAGCUCUGGUGGGCCAAAAUUCACCCAACUUAUUGUGGGAAGCUUGUGGAAGGCUACCCGAAACAUUUGACCAAAGUUAAACAAUUUAAAGACAAUGCUACCGAAUACUAAUUGAGUGUAUGUAAACUACUGACCCACUGGGAAUGUAAAGCUGAAAUAACUAAUUCUCUCUACUAUUAUUCUGACAUUUAAUAUUCUUAAAAUAAAGUGGUGAUCCUAACUGACCUAAGACAGGGAAUUUUUACUAGGAUUAAAUGUCAGGAAUCGUGAAAAACUGAGUUUAAAUGUAUUUGGCUAAGGUGUAUGUAAACUUCUGACUUCAACUGUAGGUGUAUGUUCUGUGUUCUAGGUCUACUGAAUGCAGUCUGGUGGAGAGCACUAGAAAGACUGGGAGAGCUCUGAGUCAGAGAGUUCAGAUGGAGGGAGGAUAGAUUACAGUCAGAGGGAAAGAUCAGAAGUGUUUAGUGUGUUCCAUUAAAAGGCUUGGGGAAAGAGUGUUGCAGUCUUCACAGGAUUCAGUUGUCCUUCUAAUACUGUAUUCCACUUUUAGGUGAUGUGACCAGUCUAGACUGUUAAGUGUUUUUUAUAAUUAUAUAGCUCCAGGAAAACAGAUCAAAUGGAAAUGUAACAUUUUCUCUCAGUUGUUGCACUGUAUACAUUUUUGUCGACAGUUGUUCCACUUCAAAAUCAAUAAAUACUCAUUUUGCUGAGUCAGUUGGUUAUAAUGGCUUACGAGGACCUAAACAUUUGACAUUUUAGUCAUUUAGCAGACGCUCUUAUCCAGAGCGACUUAGUAGUGAGUGCAUACAUUUUCACACUGGUCCCCCGUGGGAAUCGAACCCACAACCCUGGCGUUGCAAGCGCCAUGCUCUACCAACUGAGAUACACGGGACUCUCAUCCAUGCAGAAUUCUGAACUCGUUAGCUAGACUUCUCUUCUUUCAUAAAUGUGUUGCUUGGCAACAAGGGGACUGAUAACAUAACGGCAGUAGUCCUUGUCGCUUUUGAAGCAUGAUGACCUACAAAAAAAACAUUUUCAAUGGCGCCGCAGAGAGCUUGAAUGGCAGUGGGUGAAUGCAUCUAAUAAUAGCUUACAGUGUGGGAGUAUGAAUGGUGAUUCCAGCCACCACUCUCCCACACACACACACUCAGCAGUCAACAAUAACUCAUAACAUUAGCUCAGAGCUUCAAUCUCUGUCUCUCUGCUAAACACCCCUUAAAUAAGGUGACAUUUCAAACUGAUUAGUUGGCACACAGCUUUGGCCUUUUUAAUAAUGUCACUUAAUUUAGCAUCUGUAAAUAUAUUGGAGAAAAAUAACUUAGUGUACUACUGUGCAGACACAACUCCAGUACCACUCUGAUUGGUUGUCUCUUCUUACCAUCUGCUCUCACUGGCCCAAUCGCCUUUGAUCUUUUGACCUGACUGGUCAGAAAGAUCAAUAGAUGAUAUCUGAUGAAGCAGUCAGUCACUCAAUGGAUUUUCUUGUGGGGUUUUCUUUUGACAAUGUUUUUGUUCUUUUCUCUGAGUCCCCAGUCUUUAUCUGCUUUGAUAUUUUAGUGUUUUAUUCUAAAGGUCUCGUCUCUCUCAAAACAUGUUUUUAUAAAUGAACUUUCUACAUGAUGAAAGCAGUAGAUUAUCUGAAGGUGGGGGUGUGAUUGUUGCUGCAGAUGUUCAUAAUAUAGUGUUUGUCUCUCCGUCUCUGUAUUUGUGUGUGACUGUGUUCUGUGUUGACCGGCCUAUAUUCCCUCUCUCUUUCUGUCUUCCAGGGCAGGUACCAGUGGAGGACUUGGAUGAGGCCGAGGUGGAUCUGAGCCGGGCCCAGGCCAAGCCUGUGUGUGUAAACGGGAGCAAGGCCAAGCCAGAGCGCAGUUCUUCCUCCUCAUUCAAUCCCUCCCGCAAAGGAGUCUCCACAGCCAGCAAGAUACGCAAGUUCUCCACCUGCAAACAGCAAUGACCCCACCUCAACAACCCACCUGGUGAGAAGGGUGUGUGUAAGUUUGUGUGUCGCAAGGUUAUUGUAAUGAAUGAAAAAAAAUCAUGAAAAAACUACUGGAACUAUUAUAUUUAAGUUCAAUGUAAGUUUCUUUCCCCCCUGAACUUCUGGGAAACUUGGAAUGGGGUUUUCAAGCUUUUUCUUUUCUUCUGAAUCUGGCGGGUAAAUGCUGCCAGGUGAUAGCGAUGUUUCAAAUAGGCCUAGCUUGUGCGUCACUCACUAGCUAUCACGUGCUAACGGGGAAGUAAUCAGCUAUCCUAGCCAAAGGGUGAGUGUGGAGUGUGAACAACGGCGACAGCAAACCCUACACCACCAGUGGUCUGUCGACCAUAUUUCUAUCACCAGUCUAGGCGCUGAUCCUUUUAAAUUCAAGUCACAUUAAGAUUGACUUUAUAAUUUAAAAUAGGUCUGUCAAAGUUACCACGUUAACACAUGACAUGUUUAUCAGCUUUUUUUCUUCACUGCAUGGAACCUUUUUAAGCGCAUGUUUCCACACGGACACUUUUAAGUGCAGAACACAACACGGAACAAAGCUUCAGCACAGAUGGAACAAUGAGACAGAUAUUUCACCGUAUGUAUAAAUGUCAAGCAUCCAGUUUGCGUUUCCACUCACUACCAAAUAUGGUGAUGAAAGGAAGCCCAGUGGCUGGCAGUGGGAGAAGAUUGCGCGAGAUGAAUUUUGGCCGACAUUCUGCAAAAUUUGUCAUCGAUGAAACAUUUUAUCUCAAUACAGAUUUCUGUUUCCAAAACUAGAAUCUGUUACGAACAGAGUGGUCUAAGUUUUGUAGACUUUACCCUUUACCAAAGUAAAAAUGGCAUUCUUUAGGAGUGCAAGGGAGAAUUGAGUUAUUGCACACGUGCACUAAAGAGUAGGCGUUCCCUAACAUAAAUAUGCAAAUACAUGCUAGAACGCACCAAUAGGAUCUCGGUAGCGCUUGCUUGUUCUGCCCACUAUGAUUCAUUUUCUCCCAUUGGAAACGACAGGCUGUGAUCUACACUAUAUAUACAAAAGUAUGUGGACACCCCUUCAAAUUACUGGAUUCGUCUGUCCUCGGUUGCAACACUCACUACCGAGUUCCAAACUGCCUCUGAAAGAUACGUCAGCAAGAACUGUUUGUCGGGAGCUUCAUGAAAUGGGUUUCCAUGGCCGAGCAGUCGCACAUAAGCCUAAGAUCACCAUCCGCAAUGCCAAGCGUCGGCUGGAGUGGUGUAAAGCUGUGCUUCCAACUUUGUGGCAACAGUUUGGGGAAGGCCCUUUACUGUUUCAGCAUGAUAAUGCCCCCGUGCACAAAGCGAGGUCCAUACAGAAAUGGUUUGUUGAGAUCGGUGUGGAAGAACUUGACUGGACUGCACAGAGCCCUGACCUCAACCCCAUCAAACACCUUUGGGAUGAAUUGGAACGCCGAUUGCGAGCCAGGCCUAAUUGGCCAACAUCAGUGCGCGACCUCACGAAUGCUCUUGUGGCUGAGUGGAAGCAAGUUCCCACAGCAAUGUUCCAACAUCUAGUGGAAAGUCUUCCCAGAAUCUUCCCAUAUUAAUGCCUAUGAUUUUGGAAGGAGAUGUUUUGGCGAGCAGGUGUCCACAUAUUUUUGGUCAUGUAGUGUAUCUUGGGCUAGUAAUACAAAUCUUUGGUUUCAGUCAAUGCUUGCCCCUUUACAGCGCUGAAGACCGUGUGCCUCUAGCCCAAAUCAUGUCAAAGUUAUGCCCAAUAUUACCGGGGCGACGUUUCUUUCUGCCGCGGAUUCGUGCGCAUGUCACGGGCCGUUUUAAACUACUCACAAGACGUUAUUUUUCGGUUUGAUAAAAGUACAUUGUUUAGCUAGCCACCUGAAAACAUGACCACUGACUAGGCUUUGCACAAAUUUGGAUGGCACAGGAAGAACUGAAAGGGAAAUGGGCUACUCAGAGAUCCUUUAAAGGUAGGCUGCAUAUGCAAGAGUGGGGUGUGUAUGAUUGUGUGUGAGAGCGGGAGUAAGUGGGCGAGUUCGUUUUGCAUGGCCCGGUGCCCCGGGUGGGUGGAGAUUUCUCUUAAGGACCAAUUGAAUGGCCUAAAAUGUGCAAACUCCGCCCACCCAGUGCACCAUUCCAUGCAAAAUGAACUCGCCCAGUUAGAGGGUGUGGGUGGGAGAGUGUGUAGGCCUGUGUGUGUGUGUGUGUAAGGUUAUCUGAACAGUACAUAUGAUUACAGUAUUUUCAUAACAUUUGUUGUCACAAGUUUUUAAAAGCUCUUUGUUCUUUUGUAUCCGUAGAGCCAUUAUUAUAUAGUCACACUCAUUUAGAAUGCCUGAAGCUUUAACAGUACUUAAAAGUGUGUAAAAAUGUAAAUGUGUGUGUGUGUGUGUGUGUGUGUGUGUGUGUGUGUGUGUGUGUGUGUGUGUAACUUCAAGAACAUUGAUAAGAUGGAGUAGGCCUACUUAAACACUGGGAGCAUCAACGGCUGUGUGUUAGUAACUUUUGUGUUUAUGGUGAAAAUGCGAUUAAAACAUUCUGAUGUAGUUUCCGUCCCGUACAAUCAAAGCAUAGUAUGCCUAACUCAAUGCACUGCUUUUUAAAUGGAAAAAAACGUUAUUUAGGGCUAAAUAUGAACAAAUUCAAAAAUUGCGAUUAACUAAUGCCAUUAAGUUGAUUUAAUCAUUUGACAGCCCUAAUUUAAACAACCUAUGACCUGACCCAUCACCUUAUGUAUUACUGCCCACCAGUGGCAAGAGGUGAUAUCCCAAAAAAUAACUAUACAACACAUAAAUGGCUGCUAGCCUCCCAUGCAUAGGCUACUUUCUGUCCAUAACACGAUAAAUAAACAAAAUAACAGAAAAAAUGAAAUAGAGAUGUUUUUCUAUAACUAAAUAAAAACUAGUAAAUCAGGUCUGAAAGCUAACUGAAACUAAACUGAGUUUUUAAAAAAAACCUAUCAACUAUAAUAACCGUGUGUGUGUGUGUGUGUGUGUGUGUGUGUGCGCGCUCGCAAACCUGUGUGGAUGUGAUAUUUUAAGCACUCUUGCAAAAAGCAUUUAGGGGGAGGAGUGGAGGAAACCGGAGGAGAGAAACUGAGAUUCAAGUCUUCUCUGAGUCAUCUCUACCACACCACUGCUCCCUAGGCAUCCUCCUAGAGACUGAGGUUCACACACACACACACACACUGCACAACUGCAUUAGGAGAACACACACACACACACACAGUUCUAACAAACUCUCUCUUUCACAGACGCACACAUGGUCUUUCCACUAGCGAUCAUUCAACUCUCGCACACACACACACUGCAGAGCUACUUGGUCGGAUAUGCAGCAGUCUCUGUAUUAAUGUGUUAAAGGGAUGACUCACGCUUGUCUAGAUCGAGUGGGCUGCAGGCAGGAUAUUGUCUCCCUGUCUAUCGCUCCCUGUCUAUCGCUCGCUCCCUCACUCCGCCCUCGCUCGCUCCCUCGCUCGCUCGCUCCCUCACUCCCGCCUCUCUAUCGUUCCCUCACUCCCUCUCUUUCGCUCCCUCUCUCCUUGUGUGCUGUAUUUGACCCUCCUUCAUUCAACUGUUUUAUCUGUGUGUUGUUGGAGGCAGAGGGACGCAAUAUGUGUGUGUGCCUGUGUGUGCGUGUGUGACAAAUAAGCCUUUGAUGCUCAAAUAAGGCAAAGGGUGCAAGCCCUUUAAAUAGACUUUUCAAGUCUGGACGUCAUAAAUAAUCCUAUUUGUCAUGCAAUAGUUGUACAAUGAAAUGAACUAAAAUAAAGCUUGCCUCACUCUCCUCUCUCUCCUCCCAGGUUUAUCUUUUCCCGUCCUUCUGUUUCUGGAGUCCUUGGCAAUGGUGAGAGAAACCUGCUGAUGUUGUGCCGCACGGUUCCUCCUGAACCAUUUGGCUACGACCUCUUCUUCAAGGAUGUCAUGCACACAGUGGAGAGAUGGAAAGAGAGAGUAGCAGAGAAAGAGACUGUACCCUCGGGUCUUGGUGUGAAGUGGUCCUUUGUGUUUCCGUUCCCUCUCUGCGGAAGACCCUCCAUCCUCCCCUCUCAGGCUGUCCCAGAGGAGGCAUGGCUGGCCGUGCAAGACCCACCUUCGUGAACUCUGACCCCAUUGGUUUUAGUUCUUAGACAACCAUUUAUUUGACAGAUCCAAAAGACGCACAUUGUGAUGUGUAAAAGGAAUGAGGUUGAUAAAGAAUACCUAUAAAUGUGAACUAUGAGGAUAGUGAUACUGAUAUAAAAAUUGCAUGCUGGAUGGAACUUUGAGAAAGGGGAAACUGCUUGGUUAAGGACAGACAAAACGGACUGAAACCUUGACAUCCACCGCUGAUGUGUUGGGAGGGGCUUUAUUGUUUUCAUUUUGUUUCUUUUUUUUUCUCCAAUAAAUCUUUUUUAAUUAUUAUUUAUAUAAAACACGUCC